AUGGACGCACUCGAUGAGAAGGUCAAUGGGGGCCCGCCCAUGGAAGUCGAGGAGAUCGUGUCCGUCAACGAUCAUGAAGCCUUCGCGGCCAAGCACAUGCCUGACCUCGGGCACGACGUCAAGGAGUUCAAGGUGUUUACAUGGAAGCUCUCGAAUUGGAAGAAGCUUGAGAAGAAGAUCACAAGUCCAGAGUUUGAAUGUGGUGGUCACAAAUGGCGGAUCCUGCUUUUCCCCUUCGGCAACUCGAACGCGCCCCCAAACGACACUGUAUCGGUAUACCUCGACUACGCUGAUCCCAAACGAGCACCAGAAGGGUGGCACGCAUGCGCACAGUUCGCCCUGGUUAUCUCAAAUCCUCACGACCCCACCAUCUAUACUGUUAGCCAUGCCCACCACCGCUUUAUCGCUGAGGAGUGCGACUGGGGAUUCACGCGAUUCAGCGAGCUGCGGAAACUCUUCAGCGUACAGGACGGCCACACGCGCCCGACUAUCGAGGACGAGGCCGCGGACGUCAGCGUCUUUGUGCGCGUUUUGGAAGACCCAACCGGUGUACUAUGGCACAACUUCGUCAACUACGACUCCAAGAAGGAGACUGGCUAUGUCGGGCUGAAGAACCAAGGAGCGACAUGUUACAUGAACUCCCUCUUACAAUCCUUGUACUGUACGAGAUACUUCCGGAAGGCGGUCUACCAAAUUCCCACGGAGGAUGACCUCCCGACGGAGAGCGUACCUCUCGCACUUCAGCGCGUCUUCUAUCACCUGCAGACGUCAGACCAGCCUGUUGGUACAACGGAGUUGACCAAGUCCUUUGGAUGGAAGUCGUUGGAUUCCUUCCUCCAACAUGACGUACAGGAGUUCAACCGUGUGCUCCAGGACAAGCUUGAAACGAAGAUGAAGGGAACGAAGGCCGAGGGCGCCAUCCAGAAGCUCUUCGUCGGGAAGAUGAAGAGCUACAUCAAGUGUGUGAACGUCGACUUCGAAUCUUCUAGGAUUGAGGAAUUCAACGACAUCCAAUUGAACGUGAAAGGCAUGAAAAACCUUUAUGAGUCUUUCAAGGACUAUGUUGCUGUCGAGACACUGGAUGGUGAAAACAAGUACAUGGCUGAGGGCUACGGCCUACAAGAAGCGAAGAAGGGUAUCGUCUUCCAGUCGUUCCCGCCGGUGCUCCACCUUCAGCUUAAGCGGUUCGAGUACGACAUCCAGCGUGAUGCGAUGGUUAAGAUCAACGAUCGUCAUGAGUUCCCAUUUGAGAUUGACCUCACCGAGUUCCUCGAUGAGAGUGCGGACAGGUCACAGCCGUGGGUGUACAAGCUUCAUGGCGUGCUCGUCCACUCUGGUGACCUCCACGGUGGCCACUACUUCGCGCUCAUCAAACCCGACCGCGAGACGAGGUGGCUCAAGUUCGACGAUGAUCGCGUGACGCCCGUGACCGAUCGCGAAGUCCUGGAAGAGAACUACGGCGGCGAGGCUCUCAAUGGCCUCGUCCCGCCCAUGCAGCGGAAUCAGGUUCGCACGAUGAAGCGCUUCACGAACGCGUACAUGCUGGUGUACGUCCGCGAGAGUGCAAUUGAUGAGGUCUUGGCACCGUGGAAGGACGAGGACACACCUCCACACCUGAAGCGUCGUCUCGAUGAGGAGCGUUUGCAGAUGGAGGCGAAGAAGCGUGAGCGUGAGGAGCAGCACCUGUACCUGACCGCCAAGGUCAUCACGGAUGCGACCUUCUCCGAGCACGAGGGCUUCGACCUUGCGACCUUCGACGAGCGGAAUUGGCCAGCAACCGAUCUGCCUAGUUUCCGUGUCCUUAAGAACGAGCCUUACAGCACGUUCAAGGCUCGCGUCGCACAGCACUUCAACUACCCCGAGAAUCAAGUCAGGCUAUGGGUAUUGGUCAACCGACAAAACAAGACCGUCCGCCCGGACACGCACAUUCCAGAGAACGAGCCACAGCUCACUGUUGAAGUAAUCCGGAACAACAUGGCCGUCCGACAACAGAACGACCUCCGCUUGUACCUAGAUGUCAUCCCCGACCCCUCACAUCCUGAAAUCCCUGCCGGGUCUAUCAUGAUAUUCCUCAAGCACUUCGACAUCGCUAACCAGAAGCUCACGGGUGUUGGCAAGGUCUACGUCCCACGAGCAAGCAAAGUGUCUGAUCUCAUCCCGAUCAUCAAUGAGCGUAUGCGAUGGACAUCAACCACCCCUCUCAAGCUCUACGAGGAAAUCAAACCUGGCAUGAUCGAGCUCAUGAAACCCAAGCUGACCUUCACCCAGAGCGAGAUCCAGGACGGCGAUAUCAUCUGCUUCCAGGUCGACAUGAACGAGAAGGAGCUGCACGACUAUGAGGCACAAGGGCUGUACUCCAACCCGGUACAAUAUUACGACUUCCUUCAGAACAGAGUGAUGAUCCUGUUCAAGCCCAAGUUCGACGAGGCGGACGCCGAGCACCCUGAGUUCCACCUAACCCUGAGCAAGAAGCAGAACUACGACAUCAUGUCCGCGAAGGUUGGAGAGCGACUGAAUUGGGACCCCAUCAAGCUGCGCUUCACGACAACACACGCGACGAACGGCACGGCGAAGCAGGUGCUCAAGCGGUCGCUGAACCAAAGCAUACAGGAGAUCAUGGCGCCCAACUACGUGAACCCGCAGACGACGGUAAUCCUGUACGAGAAGCUCGAUGUGUCGAUCGUGGAGCUCGAGACGAAGCGUAGUCUCAAGGUCACCUGGACGGGCAUCCACAACAAGGAGGAGUCGACGCACCAGUUCCUGUUGCCCAAGACGAGCAUGGUGCACGAUCUUGCUGCGGAGAUCGCGAAACAGGUUAAGCUCACGCCGGGGGGCACGGGCAAGAUCCGCGUGUUCGAGGUGUCCAAGGACGGCAAGACGCAGAAGGAAUUCACGAACUCGGAGAUGAUCGGGAACAUCCCCGACCCGGUCGAGCUCUACGCGGAGGAAAUCCCUCGCGAGGAGCUCGAGGCGGACGAUGCGGACAAGGUGAUCAGCGUGUUCCACUUCUCGAAGGAGGUGUCGAGGACGCACGGUGUGCCGUUCCGCUUCGUCGUCAAGCCGGGUGAGAAGUUCUCUGAGACGAAGAAGCGUCUCCAAGCACGAAUAGGCGUGUCGGACAAGGACUUUGCCAAGUACCGAUUUGCACUCAUCCAAGUCGCGACGUUCAAGCAGCCUUCGUAUAUUGAAGACGACGACACGAUCUACGACCACAAGUUCGCACCCGAGGACGUACUCGGUCUUGAUCACGUAGACAAGUCUGGCAAGACUCGCUCAGGUGCAGGAGAGAAGGCCAUUGUUAUCCGCGGAUAA